AAGACCACAAUCAUGUCGUCGUCCCUCUCAUUUCUUGGAACCACAGCCUCUCCCUUCCACCGCCACAAUUCCCGCCACCCUCGAAAAGCUGCUCGGGCACCCACUCACUUUUCUCCCUCGGCCUCUGGCACUAAUGCUACUAAUACUAGCGCAAAUGAUAAUGGUGGUGAUAAAGAAUCCAUUCUGAGGUUGAAAUGUUCUCCUUGGCACGUUGGGAGGUCUGUAUGGCGCUGCCGCCCUCGGCCGUGAGAAUAUGGCCGUCGCUUCUCCGAUGCUAGCGCCGGACCUAUGCAAGUGCAAAACCGCCAAUGCUGGAUCAGCAACAGAACCUUUAUGGGUCGAGUGUUGCCCGCCUUACACCGACAACAGCAAGAUCGUCGAUUACAAAUUCCCGACAUCUUCCACGCCACUGCGCAUUCGGAAACCGGCACACAAGUUGAAUGCUGAGGACCUGGCCAAGUACAAGGAAGCCUAUAGACUUAUGAGAGCGCUUGACAAAGAGGAUCCUUGGAGCUUAGAGCAGCAGGCAAAGGUGCACCGCCAGUACUGUAAUGGCGCGUACGACCAGCUGGGGUUCAACGUCCCGGUGCAAGUCCACUUCAACUGGAUAUUCCUGCCGUGGCACCGCUACUACAUCCACUUCCAUGAAAGGAUCCUCGGGAAGCUGAUCGGUGACGAGACAUUGGCCCUACCAUUCUGGAACUGGGACUCGCCGGAGGGAAUGACGAUCCCGCCCAUUUAUCUUCAAGAGGGGUCUCUCAAGGACGAGUUGCGCAAUCCGGCUAACCUAUCGAAGGUGCUGGACUACCAAUACAACCCCGAAGUCCCGACAACGCUCACCGACGAUGAGAUAAGGGUGAAGAACCUGUAUGAGAUGAACAAGACAUUUAAGGAGUCUCUGCCGUUGCCGGAACUAUUCUUGGGAGAUGCGAUCAGGGCCGGCGAAGAGCCUGACAUCGGAAAGACGAUGGGGCGGAUUGAGUCGAUCCAUAACGCUGCACACCAGUUUGUGGGGCUGCCCGACGCACCAAACCGGGACAUGGGCAACUUCUACUCGUCGGGCUACGACCCGCUUUUCUACUGCCACCAUUCGAACGUGGACCGGAUGUGGCAAAUCUACAGGCAGAUGCGAGGAAACAAGGUUGACUUCAACGAUAACGACUGGCUCGACGCAUCCUUUGUUUUCUACGACGAGAACAAACAGUUGGGGCGAGUAAAGGUACUAACCCCAUCUCUCCCUUUCUCUCCCGCGCAUUCUAUAUUCGAAAACUUAAAAAAAAAAAAAAAAAAAAAACCGUCUACUCUGUUCGAAAUAACCAUAUUGAGUCAUGACUCGUUCAAGUCUCGGUUUGCUCGGCCCAACUUGGCAAAUCUUGAAUUAAACUCGAAAAAACUCGUUAUAACUCGGCAACACUCUCGACGCUGCUCACUGAGGCUCUAA